AUGGCCGACUACGAAGAUGCCUACGAAGACGAGUUUUACGAUGAUAUGGAGGAGGGGAUUACGUCGGAGGAUUGCUGGACUGUCAUUUCGUCUUUUUUCGAUACCAAGGGUCUGGUCUCGCAGCAGCUGGACUCCUUCGAUGAAUUCAUCUCUUCGACCAUGCAGGAGUUGGUAGAGGAGCAAGGCCAAGUGACACUCGAUCAAACACUCCCGCCAUCUGAUGAUGAAGUGGAUCCAGUCGUCGUCCGUCGAUACGAGCUGAAGUUUGGAACCGUCAUGCUUUCUAGACCCUCGGUGACUGAAGGUGACGGUGCCACCACUAUUAUGUUGCCCCAGGAGGCUCGUCUGCGGAAUCUUACUUAUGCCAGUCCUCUUUAUCUCGGUGUUUCCAAGAGGAUUAUGGAAGGUCGAGAGCGUUUGGUGGGGGACCGGGAUGAGGAUGAUAUACCCGAGUCAAACGAGGAUAAAAAGAACCACGGGACCUAUCUUCAGUGGGAACAAAAAGAACUUCCUGCUGAUCAAGCAAAGGAGGAAACUGUCUUCAUUGGCAAGAUGCCUAUUAUGCUCAAAUCCAAGUACUGUAUACUCAAGGACUUGAGCGAACAGGCGCUCUACAACUGGAACGAGUGUCCAUACGACUCGGGUGGCUAUUUCAUCAUCAACGGAAGUGAAAAGGUUUUGAUUGCCCAAGAGCGGAGUGCUGGAAAUACUGUCCAAGUCUUUAAGAAGGCGCCACCAAGUCCGACUCCUUACGUCGCUGAAAUCCGAAGUGCUGUCGAAAAGGGCUCCCGUCUUCUCUCGCAACUGUCUAUCAAGCUCUUUGCAAAGGGCGACAGUGCUAAAGGAGGGUUUGGUCCUACGAUUCGGUCAACCCUGCCCUACGUGAAGACCGAUAUCCCCAUCGUCGUUGUUUUCCGAGCGCUUGGUGUCGUCUCUGAUGAGGACAUUCUCAAUCACAUCUGCUACGAUCGAAAUGACACCCCUAUGCUCGAAAUGCUGAAACCUUGUAUUGAAGAGGGUUUCGUUAUUCAGGACCGUGAGGUGGCUUUGGACUUCAUUGCCAAACGUGGAUCUUCUCAGUCUAGCAUGAAUCAUGAUCGCCGUGUCCGUUACGCGCGCGAAAUCAUGCAGAAGGAGUUGCUGCCCCAUAUUUCCCAGAAUGAAGGCAGCGAAACUCGAAAGGCCUUUUUUUUGGGUUACAUGGUUCACCGGCUAUUGCAGUGUGCUCUCGGUCGUCGGGAUGUUGAUGAUCGUGAUCACUUCGGAAAGAAGCGUCUGGAUCUUGCUGGUCCCCUUCUUGCGAACCUUUUCCGUGUCUUGUUUACGAGAGUGACUCGGGACCUGCAGCGUUAUGUUCAGAGGUCUGUUGAAGGAAACAGGGAGAUUUAUCUGAACAUUGGUAUCAAGGCCAGCACCCUUACGGGAGGCCUGAAAUAUGCUCUUGCUACCGGAAACUGGGGCGAGCAGAAGAAGGCUGCUAGCGCAAAGGCUGGUGUGUCUCAGGUGCUGAGUCGUUACACGUACGCUUCCACCCUAUCGCAUCUUCGUCGAACCAACACCCCUAUUGGUCGAGACGGAAAGAUUGCCAAACCUCGACAGCUUCAUAAUACACACUGGGGGCUGGUCUGUCCCGCAGAAACCCCGGAAGGUCAAGCUUGUGGUCUGGUUAAAAACCUUGCAUUGAUGUGCUACAUUACCGUCGGAACACCUAGCGAACCUAUCAUUGAUUUCAUGAUCCAGCGAAAUAUGGAAGUCCUCGAAGAAUUCGAACCUCAGGUCACUCCCAAUGCUACAAAGGUCUUUGUAAACGGUGUCUGGGUCGGUAUUCACCGAGAUCCAGCUCACCUGGUCAAUACAAUGCUUUCUUUGCGUCAGCGGAACAUGAUCUCCCACGAGGUCAGCUUGAUUCGGGAUAUUCGUGAGCGUGAGUUCAAGAUCUUCACCGACGCUGGACGUGUUUGCCGACCUUUGUUUGUUGUCGACAAUGACCCCAAGAGCGAAAAUUGCGGAUCGCUAGUGCUGAAUAAGGAGCACAUUCGCAAGUUGGAGCAGGACAAGGAACUGCCCCCUGACCUGGAUGCAGAAGAGCGCAGGGAACGCUACUUCGGAUGGGACGGACUGGUGAAAUCAGGAGUUGUUGAAUAUGUUGAUGCCGAAGAAGAGGAAACCAUCAUGAUCGUCAUGACUCCGGAGGAUUUGGAAAUAUCCAAACAGCUCCAGGCCGGUUACGCUCUGCCGGAGGAAGAGCUUCAUGAUCCUAAUAAGCGUGUGCGCUCCAUCCUGAGCCAGAGAGCACACACCUGGACACACUGCGAGAUUCACCCAAGUAUGAUCCUCGGCGUAUGCGCCAGUAUUAUUCCGUUCCCCGACCACAACCAGUCGCCUCGUAACACGUACCAGUCUGCAAUGGGUAAACAAGCCAUGGGUGUGUUCUUGACGAAUUUCGAUCAACGAAUGGAGACGAUGGCAAACAUUCUAUACUACCCGCAAAAGCCGCUGGCUACCACCCGGUCAAUGGAAUUCCUACGAUUCCGGGAGCUCCCAGCCGGCCAAAAUGCCAUUGUUGCCAUCGCCUGUUAUUCCGGAUACAACCAGGAAGAUUCGGUGAUUAUGAACCAGAGCAGCAUUGAUCGUGGUCUAUUCCGCAGCCUUUUCUACCGCACUUACACCGACACUGAGAAGAUGAUUGGAUUAACCGUUAUAGAGCGCUUCGAGAAGCCUAUGCGAUCUGAUACGAUUGGUAUGCGUAAGGGCACCUACGACAAGAUUGACGAGGACGGUAUUAUUGCCCCCGGCGUCCGUGUUUCUGGUGAGGAUAUCAUCAUCGGGAAGACGGCUCCCCUGGCUCCGGAGGCGGAGGAGCUCGGUCAGAGAACCAAAGCACAUACCAAGCUGGACGUGUCGACGCCCCUUCGGAGUACCGAGAGCGGUAUUGUGGACCAAGUCCUGGUGUCGACGAGCAAUGAUGACCUGAAGUUCGUCAAGGUGCGGAUGAGGACGACCAAGGUGCCCCAGAUUGGAGACAAGUUCGCCUCGCGUCACGGGCAGAAGGGUACUAUCGGUAUCACCUACCGGCAGGAAGAUAUGCCGUUUACUCGCGAGGGCCUGACCCCCGAUUUGAUCAUCAACCCUCACGCCAUUCCUUCGCGUAUGACUAUCGCCCACUUGAUCGAGUGUCAACUCAGCAAGGUGUCCGCGUUGCGUGGGUUCGAGGGUGAUGCGACCCCGUUUACCGACGUCACGGUGGACUCCAUCUCUCGCCUGCUUCGAGAGCACGGCUAUCAGUCUCGUGGAUUCGAGGUAAUGUAUAACGGCCACACGGGGCGCAAGAUGGUAGCGCAGGUCUUCUUAGGACCAACGUAUUACCAACGUCUGCGCCACAUGGUCGACGACAAGAUCCACGCCCGUGCCCGUGGACCAACCCAGAUUUUGACGCGGCAGCCUGUGGAGGGUCGUGCUCGUGACGGUGGCCUCCGAUUCGGAGAGAUGGAACGUGAUUGUAUGAUUGCGCACGGAGCCAGUGCAUUCCUGAAGGAGCGCUUAUUCGACGUUUCCGACCCGUUCCGCGUCCAUAUCUGCGAUGACUGCGGACUGAUGACCCCGGUUGCAAAGCUGAAGAAGGGCCUCUUCGAAUGUCGACUGUGCAACAACAAGCACCGAAUCUCCCAGGUGCAUAUCCCGUAUGCAGCCAAGCUUCUGUUCCAAGAGCUGGCCUCGAUGAACAUUGCCGCCCGCAUGUUUACCAACCGCUCUGGCGUGUCCGUGCGGUAA